CACUGGCAGGGACCGUCAGUCAAGGCAGCUCGGAGACCCUGAGACACGCCGCUUUUGCAGUGCUGGCUAUUACCAUGGACAAGAGGAACAUAUUUCUCCUGCUUGCAGUCAGCCUCGCCGCCGCCACCGGCCACGUGCGCGAGUUUCACUUCGUGGAGAAGGCGCGGACGUGGGCGGAGGCCCGGAGGCACUGCCGGGAGGCCUUCACGGACCUGGCCACCCUGAGACACCACGGCGACAUCCGGAAGCUCCUCGGAGCCGCCGCCUCUUCCUCCUCCUCCUCUUCCUCCUCUGCCUGGAUCGGCCUGCACCGCGGCCCGCAGGCCUGGCGCUGGGCCGACGGGAAGCCCUGCGGGUUCGUCAACUGGAGGCGGGGCCUGUUCUGCGCCCGAGUGGACAGCCAGGGGGCCUGGGAAGACCGGCCGUGCUUCAUGGGGGAGAACUUCAUGUGCUCUACGGACUCCAGCCAGGGCUCCAGGACCUACACCCUGAUUGAGCAGAGCAAGACCUGGGCAGCCGCUCGAGAUCACUGCAGACAGCAGCACACUGACCUGGUCACCAUCAGCAGCCCCAGAGAGAACCAGGCAACGUUAGAUGUCGGGACGAAAGCGAAAAUGACGGAGGCGCUCUGGAAGGCGGAUGCAGCGACGGGCGGGGCGGCGCCGGGAGACUGCCAGCUGGUUGAAAAGAACAAGACGUGGACGAAGGCGCGCGGGUACUGCCGGCGGCACGGGGGAGAGCUGCUCACGGCGCGCGGCCAGGCUCAGCUCCAGGAGCUGCACUUCCGGCACUUCGGGCAGCUCGUGAGGGGGCCGGUGUGGAUCGGGCUGUACCACGGCACGGAGAGCUGGCAGUGGGUCAGCGGAGAGAGGGCCAGCUAUGCCAACUGGAAGACCCGGGUCUUCUGCGCCACCGCUGGUCCGGAUGGGUACUGGACAGAUGUCGUCUGUGACGAGCUGCACUACUUCAUGUGUUACACAGACUCCAGCCAGGGCUCCAGGACCUACACCCUGAUUGAGCAGAACAAGACCUGGGCAGCCGCUCGAGAUCACUGCAGACAGCAGCACACUGACCUGGUCACCAUCAGCAACGUGAGAGACCUGGUGCUGGUGAAGAGGAGGCUGUCCUGGGAAGAGGCGCUGGACUUCUGCCGCUCGCGCCACACCGACCUCACCAGCGUGCUGACCGAGAAGGAGCAGGCCGCCGUUGCCCGCGGCGCCCGAGCCGCCCGCUCCGCCCACGUCUGGCUGGGCCUCAGGCAGAGCCGCAUUUUCGGCUUCUGGUUCUGGGUGAACCAGGAGCCCAUGGGAUACCAGAACUGGGGUGCCCGUGGGGAGCCCCAGCUGGGCCGCCGGUCCAGCCCCUGUGGAGCCAUGUCUGCUGUGGAUCACACCUGGACGGACAGGCCCUGCGAGGAGAGGCUGAGCUUCAUCUGCUACAGAGGUCACUAACACAGGAGGAACCCCAGCCCAGACCCAGCAACAGUGCGGGGACACCAGCACCCUACUUUCAGUAUCACAUGUGUAACAUUUAAACACCCCUAAAAGCCAAAUCACACGGAAGAGAGAUGUCCAGCAAGCAUUUCCAGGGAUGGGUUGUUCCAUGCUCCUGCAACACUUAGUGUAAAGCAGUUUCUCCCGUUCUCAUUUUUAAACGGUCUUAAUCCUUGUUUCUUUUCAUUUGCAUUGGGGACUGUAAGAAGGGAGGUCUUUUUUUUCAAGGGCGCCCCCUGCAGCGCCUCUCGCACACUCCAGGUGCAGAAAAUGAAUAUAAGAUUUUAUUGUACGUAAAUAAAAGGAAGUGGAAAGGUUAUAAGCACAGUGUAAUUCUAUAAUUAUUGGAUGUGAGACACCGGGAGAAGGUAGCGUGUUAUCUAUAAAACACGCAGAGUCUAGAAUUAAGAGUAAGAGACUUGAGAUGUUUGUGGUAUUCAAAGUUUAUUAGUUGUCGUAGAACCGCCCAGGUUAUCUGUGCUUCUGUCCGUCUCUGAAAAGUAACAACGCGUGAAAUCUGUGUCCGCAAAGCACUUUGUUUGUUUGUUUAUUUGU